AUGGCAAGCGAACACGACGAAUUUGUAGCGACUCUAGAAUCCUUUAAAGACCUGAAGUCUGGGAUCUCUGGGUCCCGUAUCAAGAAAUUGACCUCGUAUGCACUUGAGCAUGUUGACGAUGAGGAGACUUUGAUGCAAAUGAUCAUAAAUUACUCUAAGCACUGUCCCGAUACUCAUAAACUGGGUUCCUUGUACAUUAUAGAUUCUAUCGGUAGAGCGUAUCUGGAUCAAGCCAGAGCGCGCGACGAUUACAUCAAGUCUAGUGCUAAGAAAGGUUCUUGUGCCCAUGGUGUAUAUACACUAGGUGAUUCCAUCCAAGAACUGUUGGGUGACGCCAUUUUGAAAAGUAAUGACGAUCAUAAAGAUAAGAUCCGUACUUUGAUCGACAUCUGGGAUAGGAGUGGUCUAUUCCAAAAGGGCUACCUAAAUGCUGUCAGGGCAAAGUACUUUUCCAUGGAUGUACCAGGUAUUUCUUCCUCGGCACCAGUAAAAUCCUUGUCGCAGGACCCCAAGGAAAGGUGCCUUCAAAUCUUGAAGAAUUUUCAACCAAAUCAAAAUGUACCACAAGUAAGCAUCCCUGCUGGCAUGCUUUCUGAUGAGUUAGCUGCUCAACAAUCGGCCUUGCUUCAGUUUUUAGUAAGUCUUCAACAAUGCGCUGCAUCUACCAACGUGAUAGGAGUACAAAGUGCUCGCUCUCAGGAAUCUCAACAGUCCUCUCAAAUUGCUCCAACUCUUCAGCAAAGUAGGGGUGAUAGAAGGGAGCGUUAUGGCACGACUUCUUCCAAAAGAGGCAGAUCAAGAAGUCCUCCAAGAAGGGAGCAUCACAAGUCAGAGGGACCAAGUGCUGCAAACAAUCAUCAUCUAUACCCCGAUGAAGAAAACGUUCCAAGUAAUCCCCAUUUCAGGCCGAAACCGGUAUCUUUUGAUCCAACAGUUCCUCCUGAUAAUAUUAAGGUGUACAGUAGGACCUUGUUCGUGGGAGGUGUCCCACCUGCAAUGAAGGAAUAUGACAUUGCAGCUGUCUUGAGGCCAUACGGUGAAGUUCAGAGUGUUAUAUUGAACAGCUCUAGGAAGCACGCCUUUGUGAAAGUAUAUUCAAGGCAAGAGGCAGAGAAUGUGUUGAACAAUUUUAACAAAGACGGAUCUUCUCCUUUAAGAACAAGAUGGGGUGUAGGUUUCGGACCCAGGGAUUGCUGUGACUACCAACAUGGUUACAGUAUAAUACCAUUACACAGACUUACUGACGCUGAUAAAAAGUGGUCAGUUAGCGCACAAUGGGGUGGCACUGGUGGCCAGCCUUUACAAGCAACAAUGGUUUUCGAAGAGCCUGAUAUUGUUGUCGGCGAAGGCGUAUCAUCGAAAGCUAUUUCUCAGAAAAUGCCCACGGAUAGCGGAAGAAAUGGACCAAAGUCAGGAAAGCCAACAAGGAGCUCCAAUUUCAGGCAAUCCCCCAACCAGAAUCAAUUUUACGGCCAAAUGAAUAUGACGCCCGUUCCAGUCCAGCAACAAUACCCGCCAGUUUAUAGCGGCAGUCCCCCAAUUCAGUCAUAUGCAAUGCCCAAUGUACCACAGCAGCAAAUGCCGCCUAUCUAUGACUCCGGGGUCGCAUCCCAGUCGCAAUCUCCGGCUCAAUCUCAAUUUGAUCCAACCGCGCAGUUGAAUUCUUUGAUGAGUAUGCUUAAUCAGCAAAAAUAA